AUGCAGAUUUAUGAUCGAGUUUGGUUCCAUGGUUUCCGAGUAGUUGGAGCGAUUGCAAAUUAUAGGGGAAGCGUGUCGCAAAUGUGGGAAAACAAGACGAGAAAUGUGGUGUUUCAUCGUUGAGUAUCCAUGAUUUAUCAAAGAACACUACAUAGUUCGAAACGUCUUCAUUGAAUACUCUCUACACAGUUUCGACAACUUUUUGUUUUAUUUUUCAUGAAUUUUUCUUAAAAUCUAGGCCGGAACAGGCUUUCUGAACGUUUUUCCAGGCCUGGACCUCAUCCGAUAGGGCCCAGGCUUCUUGGAAUUGGAUUAAAGUAUCUUGGGAGCAAGUUUCGGAUCGCACGGGUUAUCUUGAAAUUUUCCCCAAAUUUCGGACCCAAGAUACUCACUUGAAACAAAAGCCUUUCUUGAUAUUCAAAUUUCCCGCCCGCCGAAAGUGCAAGCUCUCCCCCCGGCCGUCCAAAUCGAAUUAAAACGCCCCUCUCCCUGAGCAUAAAACAAUGCGGCGUUCCCCAAUUCGCUCACUUUUCGCUCCAAAAUGCGUCUUCUUCUCCUCCUCCCUCCUGUUUUUCUAUUUUUUAUAGACGGUUCGCAUCAAACUCCCACCAUAUUCUACUUCAACACAACGCUCAUCUGCCGCGAUCCGCACACAAAGGCGCCCAUCGGAGAGUGGUGCUAUCAAGUGAAAUACUUUGAAGAAGACAUGUUGAAGAGGUUGGAAAACGCAUUUUUAAGAUUUUUUUUAUUGAAUUUCGGUUUCAGCGACGAUUUGAUCGCUCAAACCGAGUACGUUUGCACCGAAGAUAUCGCCGUCAAAUUUGUCAUUGAUGGAUUUCAAAGCGGCGAUUGGGCAUCUGUAAGUCCUCUGUCAUUUGGUUCCUUGAAUGAGUCAGUUUUCAGUGGAACUACGAUAUUUACUCGCAGAUCACGCAUACUUGUAAUUUUGAAUCUGUCAAAAAGAGCCGAGAGAGACCGUUCUCGAAGAUACCGGUGGACGGUCGAACGUGAGUUUCCACGCUCCGCUCAAGACGAUAUAUCUCAGCUGCCGAUUGAGAUAGCAAAAAUUUGUAAACUAGCAAAUUGUCUAUUGAAAGAUUUUGCAUAUUUUAUUAGUUGAUAACUUUUUGAUAUCUUGUCAGGCAACAAAGAUACAUUGCUCUGAAUAGUUCCAUUACAAUAUAUGUACACACAUUGUUUCAGCGUCUACACACUGCACCACACCGUCGAACUCUACGAGAGCGGCACUUAA